CUUUGUUCUUAGCCAAAGAAUAUUCUAUACCGCAAUAAAAAACAACAACUAUAGAUAAAAUCUUAUAAAAUCAUAAACAAAUACUAAACAUUUAUUAAAUGAACAAAUAAUUUUUGAGAAAAUAACAAUGUCCUGCUUUGGCUGCAGCAGAAAAUAUGGUUUAUUUUGCAAAGAGUAUGGCUGUCCCAACUGCGGCUAUUCCUAUUGUGCCAAAUGCCUUAAACGUCCAGUGGCAGUGCCCAGACAUAACAACAAGGUAAUGAAUGUAUGCCUGAUAUGUUACGAUAAAUUGUCCAAAUUACAAGAAGUUGAAAAGGUUAUCGAUGUCGAGACACUGCCAGGCACUAUAGUUACCAAAGCUAAUAAGGGCAUGGUCAAUGAGCAAAUAGUGCAAAAAGAUAUAAAUGCUUUGCUGGAGGUGGAGCCUUCAGCAGCCCUAGUGGGUGAGGUUUUGGAACCCAUUUCUCCGGCUAAAAUGACAACUUCAACACAUUCCAGUGGUGAAAAUUCUGAUAUUACAGCCAAUCUUGAUAGUGCAAUAUUACAACGUUUAAAGAAUCUAAAAGCUAGUGAUCCCUCAUCAUUUCCCAGUGAUGAUGAGAUACGUUCACGUUUAUCGAAAUUAAAUGGUAUGCCUCAAAAGGAUUAUUCGAAAAAGGAUUUACUUUUGAAUACAGAUCAACGUACGGAUCAGGAGAAAAUGAAUGAUUUGUUGGCUCAAUUUAUGGGAGAGGCUGAGAUUGAUAAUCGUUUGGAAACGGACAGAAAGGAUACUUUAUCGGAUAUUGAGAGGAGAUUGAAGGCAUUGAGAGAUGAUCCUGUGACACCAGCAGCGAGUGGUAGUAGUGCUAUUGGUGCUGCGACUUCACCGGAUACUAAUACUCCUAGCGAUAAUGAAAUGGAUGAUGAGACGAUGCUUAAGGGAAUUAUGGAAAAGUAUUUAGCUGAAGCUCGCUUACCUGAUGCUUCCAACAGCUUAGAAACUGAAUUAGCAGCUGGUAUACCGCCACCACCAACAGGUGUUGAUACCGAAGAAUUACCUUGGUGUAAUAUAUGCAAUGAAGAUGCAGUCUUUCGUUGUAAAGGAUGUGAUGGUGAAUUAUUUUGUGCUCAAUGUUAUCGUGAAUGUCAUGAUGAUGAUGAGGAAUAUCGGGCUCAUGUUAAAGAGCCUUACAGUGCACCACCCAAAUUUAAAGAAGAUCAUUUCUGAAACCAGUUCCAGUUUUCUAUGUUGGUUUUGUAAUAUUUUUUAUCAACUAUUUUGUUUUUUAUGCUUAACAGUAAUCUUUAAUAUUAUCUAAAUAAUAAAAAAUUAAAAAAGGGUUAAAAUAAGCUAAAAAUAAAAGAAACAAAUAACUA